ACAAUCACUCUCUCGCCUUUGCCAGAAUCAGUCGCAUUGUGUUCAUUUCAAGAGGAGGACCUACGUUCGGAUUUCAAGAGGAUACGUCUACCACCCAACUACUUCUUCAUCCAUUUGGGGUCUAGUAAAGUAAAAUUAAUCUGAUGAGAAUAUGAACCUUGGGAAAUAAAAGGAAUCAUGCCAAGAAUCGACCCGAAUCAAUUACUCCAGACCCUUGGGGUUUUGUUGGCUCCAAGUGGUGGAAUUAAAUCCACUGACGAAGUCACUCGCAUUGUCACACUUAUGCACAAAUUCUCGCGAACACUCGUUUCCAAAUGCAUUUACGUUCAGAUCUUAAAAGCCACCACUCCCAAUCUAUUAGAAAGAUUCUUAGGCGAACAGGGUUGGGAGUUGGUCAAUGUUUGGUUCAGUGACGCUGUCAAGAAUCAAAACUGGGCUUUCUGCUAUGAAAUGAUAGAGCUCUUCGCUCUCUGUCCAAUAAGUUCAAAUAGAUUGAAGGACAAUGUAGAGAACAAUCAUGCACCUAGGCUCAUAAACCAGCUACGAGCAGAAGAAACUGCUCCGGUUACAGUGAAGGAGCUAGCAUCCGAUGUUUACAAUAAGUGGGUGAAUGUGGUCUCUCCCACAAAAGAUACUCCAAAUGCUCCACUUAAAGUAACCCUCAAGAUAAAGGCCGAUGACAAAUCCAGCGAAGAGGACACGUCUCACGAGUCCAACGGCCUUUCCGUGCUCCAAAGCAUGACUGAAGAGGUUUCUCAAAACAUUAAAAAGGAGACCAAACCCGCCCCAAAGGACUCCAUCAAAAAGCCGACCUCAGAGUCGUUAAAGCGACAGCGAAGCAAGGACGUUCUCCAUCAUAAUCACCACCACAGUAAUAAGCACAAGUCUGAUAGUCACAGGAGCAGCAGCAAAGACAAGGAUGGGUCAUCUAAGAGAUCCAGCAAGGAGAAGGAUAGGGAACACGAUCGGAAAAAGAGGCGUGAGGAUCGAGAGAAACAUAGGGAUCGAGAAAAUGUGGACAAAGAUAAGGAACGAGAGCGUAGGAAAUUCAGACCUGAUCAUCGGGAUGAAGUGGACCCGUCCGAGAAAAGACGGAUUAAGGAGAUCGCCCGCCGACUUAAAGAAGAGGAACAAGCCAAGAAGGACAAGGAUACCUUAAAUAAAGUUGGCUUUGGCGGAGCACCGUCAAUGGCAAAGAUCCCCAAAAUUCCCAAGAAAACAUCUGAAGACAAGAAGAAAAGUGGCUUGAGCUUCGAAGACAUGCUUGGUGGUCUGGAUUCUAAGCCCAAAACUGUCAAGACGCCCUUGAACAAGAACAAGACCGCUGCCCUGUUGGAGGGUCUCACCAAGGCUUCUACUUCGCCGAGUCAGACCAAGUCCAAAGACUCAAGUAAUUCGUCCAAACACCAUCAUUCGCCUUCGUCUUCCUCUCUGAAACGGGAUCAUACUUCCGCAAUUGCCAACGGGUCCUCUCAUAAGGAUGCAAAGGAUUCUCGCCGUGACUCCCUCUCAAGAAAGGAUUCCCAUACCUCAGUACUGUCGUCUAAAAGAGCUAGUCUGGAUGGAAUCGGAGAUCUCAAGAAACCUCCAUCAUUGGUUAUUCCUGAGAAGAAGAGGCCUAGCGAUAAUGACAGCCCCAAAACUAAGUCUUCCUCGCCUCACAAUGUCUUGGACAGCUCUGGUUUCAUGGAUGCCAUAUUUAGCUCCAUUCAUAAAGAUGAACCGCGAAAGAAGAAGCGACGGCUCUCCGAUGUGCUUGCUGAGAAGAAAAAGGCCGAGAAGACCACCCUUGAAAACGAUUCAGAAGAAAAGGGCAAAAGUUCCCCGAUCGAAAAUGACACAAAAGAGGAAUCGAAUGAAGACUCUGCUCCCCCUCCGGUGUUCAGCUUUUACCGAGAUACCUUGGAGGAAACCAAUGAUGAAGCUACAGAAGAGAAGAAGCCCGCGAGCGUGAAGCCCAAAGUUAUGGACGAUUCCGAUGAUAAUGACCCGAGUCAAGAGGAGGAGAAGGAAGAAGCUCAAGAGGAUUCUCUUCCAAAUGAAAAGGGAAACCGGAAAUCCGUUUCACCGAAAGACCAACAAGUAUCAGAGGACGAAAUGCCUUUGAACGAGCCUGAAGUGAUGCCUAGAGAUGUCAGAGGAAUUUUGAUUUACCAUCGGGGUAGAGAUCGCCAGAAGAAACGCAUCACGUGGAAGCCCGAAUCCAACUUGGUGGCUGUGAAAUUUUUCGAGUUGGAUGAAGACGAGCGUGUCAAUGUGAACAAGAUCAAGUUUGAGAAUAUGCGCAGUAUGGAACUCCAAAUGGAGAAGGCCGCCAUAACGUCGAAAGGUUCAAUUGAUGAGGAAAUCUUGAUCCCUUGGUACAAUCCCGUUAAGUUCAAUGCUCCUAAGAGUGAAACAAACCCUGAUUUUGUACACGGUGCUAGUAGCAAGGAAAGAGAGAUUCAAGCUAAACGGGAGGGCAACGUCCUUCAGGCCCUUUACUUCAGUCGUGAAAUGACCCCAACAACGCCCGCAGAACCGGAUUCUGAAAACUUUCCAAAGGACGCCCCAAUUCAGAUUCCUCUCGAUGAUGUUGAAGGAGGUGACGAGAGUGUCACUAGCUUUGUUGAAUUAGGUUGGCCUGCACCCCAUAUCAACGAAGUGGAUCGAACUGCCAACUUUGAAACAUCCUUGCCGCUUCCGCCAGCCUUGAGCAACCUUCUGAACAAAGUUGGCAACCUUCACAAUUUGAUUCCACCGCUCCAGCAAGCAGCCAAGUUAAGUGACGAAGACAAAGGAACUCUGGUUGCGCAAACCCAAGCUAUGAUUGCACUCGGCAUGAUCCCCAAUGAAACGACAGAACAAACUCAACCCGAUGAGUCCCCAUUACCUUUGAACGAACCUCAUCUUGAUCAUUUGGGCCCGAUGCCGCCAAUGGGUCCAGGAGGUCCAGCACCAGUUCCUCCGCCCAACGGUUACCGUGGGGAUCCUGGUUUUGGAUAUGGUCCCAAUGACUAUCCCCCACAGAUGGGAGGACCACCGAUGGGGGGACCACCGAUGGGAGGACCACCAAUGGGAGGACCACCCAUGGGAGGACCACCCAUCAACGGUUAUGGUCCACCUCCUUAUGGUGGACCUGGAGGUCCCAUGCCGCCCUUUGGAGGACCCCCUCUUCGAGGACCACCACCUCAUGGUUUUCGAGGGAGGGGUCGAGGUUUCCCUCCUCGAGGAAGCUUCCGCGGGAACUUCAGAGAUGAUCGUCGUUUAGGCCAUCUUCCGGAAAAUGAUUACAAAAUCAAAACAAAGCCUUGCGUGUUCUUCAAGACCGGUCAUUGUAGAGACGGCGACAACUGUCGCUUUAUCCAUUGAUUCGAUGCAGAGAACAAUGAGCUCAUCAGUGCAUGUAAUUUUCAGGCACUUAACUCCAUUCAGAAUCAUUCAUGUCAAGACUACCUUUCGUAUAAUAUUACCAACAAUUAAAUAUAUUGAUAAUUCUACUCAAAAGUUAAAGUUCAAUACAAUUGUUAUAUUUUUUUUACCCAAGUCAUGAGGGACCACAGAUGAACAAAAAAGUGCUUGCUUGAAAUGCCUCAAUGUAUUAUAAAAAGCCUAUUUCGACGUCAGGUUCGCCUGACUGGUCUCUAAAAUAUAGUGACGAGUAUGA